CCUCCAUUUCUCAAGUCCCCACCUCCCUCCCUCUCUCCCCCUUCCUCUCCCUCUCUGUUGGGCGUGUUGUGUGUUUGGGUGGAUAAAGAUGGCAGGUGGUAGGAGAAUCUUGUCCAUGUUUCUUGUGGCAUUUAUGUGGAUUAAUGCCCAAUAUGCAUUUGUAAGUUGUACUUUGACACCACAAGUGCAAAGAAAAAUUGCUAGAGCCAAUCAAAAGGGACCUUAUCUUGGUCUGAUCAUACCAAAUACUUUUGAACUAGACCCUCUUCUUCAGAAUUCAGACUACACUCCAAGUAAACUCACCAUAGACUUUGCUGGAAGGAGAUUUCGAUUUGGAGCCAUUGGCCACAAGCCUGUUAUACUGGUCAUGACAGGAAUGGGCAUGAUAAAUGCAGGUGUAACUACUCAGCUUCUAUUAAGCUUAUUCACAGUUGAAGGAGUGGUGCACUACGGUGUUGCUGGAAAUGCAAACCCAUCCUUGCAUAUUGGAGAUGUAGCCAUUCCUCAAUACUGGGCUCAUUUAGCACUUUGGAGUUGGCAGAGGUAUGGGCAAGGGCCUAAUGAUUCGUUACCCUUUGACUUCACAAAGGAAGUAGGAUACUUAGAAUUUGCCAAUUACACCUCAAACUCAUCUUCAAGUGUUGACAGUGAUAACCAGCUCAACAAUAUCUGGUACGAACCAGAGGAAGUUUUUCCAGUUGAUGGCAUUCCAGAAGAGACCAAACAUGCUCUUUGGGUCCCUGUAGAUUCCAAGUACUACCACAUUGCUCAAAAACUCAAGGGCUUGAAGCUAAAGGCGUGCAUAAACUCAACGACAUGCUUGUCCACUAUACCAAAGGUGGAACUUGUUGAUAGAGGAACAAGUGCGAGCAUCUACCUAGACAACGCAGCGUACCGAACCUUCCUCUACAACAAAUUCAAUGUGAGCCCAGUGGACAUGGAAAGUGCAUCAGUGGCUCUUAUAUGUUUGCAACAAAGAGUGCCAUUCAUUGUUUUCAGGGCUCUCUCCGACUUGGCCGGUGGCGGCUCCGCCCAGUCUAAUGAGGCCGAUACUUUCGCAUCACUCGCCGCCACUAACUCUGUCACAGUGGUUGUUGAGUUUGUUAAGCUCUUGUCACUCCACCGCAAGAGGUGGAACAUGUUAUAGUAAGCUAUCAUAAAUUAAUUUUUUUUUUCUAUUUAAAUAAUGAGUGUAAAUUAUUAUUUAAACUCAUUAUAUAAGAAUCAAAUGUGAAACUUUUAUCAAACCGGAAACAAUCACUCACUUACACUUUCAAAAAAAAAUGAGUGAUUGUUUCCGGUUUGAUAAAAGUUUCACAUUUGAUUCUUAUAUAUGAAAAACGUUUCAAGGACAGCUAACCCUACAAGGAUAUGAAUGUUUCCAUGACUAGAAAUACUUUUUUAAAUUACAAUAAAAGAUAGCAGUUGUUUGAAAUAUAAAUAAGUUACACUUGAAAAUGCCACUUUGAGUAUGCCUGGGAAAAACUGACUAACUGAUAAAUUAGUUGUAACUAUUUUUUUUUAAGGCUGAAAGGACAUAUUGAAGAUUAGUAAGUUCUUGAGUACACUUCACUCAAGUAGGCAAUAUAAGAAAGGAAAUUAAUCUUUGUCAAUUACAGCUCAUAGCACAUUUGACCUGAUGUGCACUUGCUUUGGCAAGAAGUCUGCAAAUUGAUUCCUUAACCUCUUGAGCAUAAUGAAGAGUUUCCAAGGUUUUGCAAAAUUAUUAUUCACCUACUCAACUGCCAAAGUAGAAUCACUUUCAGUCACAAUAUUUCUAAGGCUAAAUUAAUGGAAGAAAAGGAGAGCAUUUUGGAUGGCGAAGAUUUCAGCUUCAUAAACUCAGGCAUGCUCAACUGGGUUUUGAGAAGCACCCAACACUUCUCCCUUCCCAUUUCUCAAUACUCCUCAUCCCACUAAAUCCUCGAAAGCGUGCAUAAGGUUCCAAUGUGUUUGCAUCAACCUUGUAGCCAUACAAUACUGAUUUUGGAUAGUUUAAUUUCAACCUGGAUGCAACAAAAAGCCUUCCAAAGCAUCCAACAUCACUUAUACUUGAAUUUAACCUGCUUCAUGGAAAAUGAGUGUAUCAUCCGCGAACGAUAACGAAUUUACAAUCUUAAUCCCUUUAAAACUGUCAUCUAACAACAAGUUGUUCACCCUAAACCACGGGAGUCCCAAGAUCAGUGUAAAGUCCAAGCUUAGGUCAUGAUUAGCAUUAGAGUGAAUAUGAUGUUCCCCUUUGCCCUUGGUGGAAGGGGUCUCGAGAAGAAAGGGCCUUUGAACAGGGAUUUGUAAUCAAAAGUAUUGCUCACACUAUCGGCCGGGUCAUCAUAUCGUGAAGACGCAGGAGGGACACAACCCUUCAAGCUCUCAAGCGUGUUUGCUUGUUGGGCUUAUGAGUGAUCAUAUGUGACUAGGUCAUCAUAUCGUGAUGACUCGGGAGGAACAUAAUUGAUUCAGCAUGCACGAAAGACCAUUAGAACAAAGAUUGAACAAUAAUGGAGAGAGAGGGUUCCCUUGGCGGAGUCCUUUUUCAGCUAGGAAAAAAUAAGUAGCAGUUUCAUUAACUAGGACAACCAAGGAAGAAAUACAAAUACAAGUCUUUUGUCUAUAAAUUUUUUCUUUCCUGAUAAUAUAUGCAAUAUUCCUCUAA